AUGCAGACCACGGGCGAAGAUUACUAUGACAUCCCUGACGACGAACUACCUUCAGCGAACUUUGCGGCCCGUCCGACGAGCGAGAUCAGCGAGAUCAGCCUGCGAAUCUGUAUGAGCGUUGUCUCAUUUUCAUCUGGAGACAUCGACAGUGAGCUAGAUAUCGACGGCGGUCCGACUCCAACGGCUCUUGCCCCAGGAGCGCUCUUGAUGCCUCAACCGGAGAUGCCGGACACGCCGCCCGACACGCCGAACAUCAUAGUAAAUGCGUCUUCUCGCAGACAGUCGUUGCGGCAGCGACUGAAAAGCCUGAACGAUGUCGCAUCCAUUAUGAGAAAACCGAGUUUACGGCAAAAGGUUGAUUCAGCACCGCCUGGUGCGUUUAGCUUGGCGGAGUAUGCACCUCAGGUGCCUAGAAGAGCUGUCAGUGCGAGACUGGAGAAACGGGAUGCUGCAAGAGGGCGAUAUUCAAGACAUCUGUCAGCUGAGAGCGACUCGAAAGCUCGGAGAGUGCUGGGUGUAGAUGAAAGACUAUGGGAAGAGGAAGAGUCGGAGCCUGCAAACUCGGCAGAAGAAAUUGAGGGCGUCGAGCGAGACCAAGAGAUGGGUUUGCCACAGCCUCAUGCAUCUUUCUCCCGCAAACCAAGGGUGAGGGAGACGUUGGAGAAGAAACAGUUGACGAGGCUGAGAAUGGACUUUGUGAGCUCGGAACCAAAGAUGUUUGUGGACUCGCCUCAGUCAAUGCUGGGCACACCCUUGGAGCUGUAUGCCAUACCUGGGCGACAACCUGGGCGCUUCAGGCCAACAAGUGCAAUCAACGGCAGGCGAGGAUCAUCGACACCAGUUUCACCAAGAACGCCCUCGCCCUUCCGCAGACCACAGCUGCGACUAAAUCACAGGGUUGCCGGCGAUGAGAACCUCGAGGAUUCAUAUCAAACAAGGGCCUACGUACCCGGACCGGUCUGUCUCGAAGAGCAUCCUGCCUUGCUUCGCAAUUACUCUGUCGCCACUUUAGACCCUUUUGUCAGCGAGAUAGAUUCGAUAGGGCGACGCCCGUCCGAUUUACAGGCCCUGGAACAGAUUGUCGUAUACUUCGACGACAUGGGUUUGAUAGAGGAAGCCACAGACAAAUGCUUGGACAAGUAUUGGUUGAGCGAGCAGCAACAGGCGCCACAAGAACCAGAAUCUGGCGUCAUGGAACCCGUACCUUUGCGUCCCCGGAGUCAGCAGCGCAAGCGCAGCUCGAAGGACCCUUCCAGCAUGCUGUCCAGAUUCUCAUUGUCACCAGCGUCAUCAGACGCCUCUGUGCCACAGAGCUCUCCACAAAAGCGCCAACUACUCAAAUUAAGAAAACUGCUUUCGCCGGCGCUACCAGGCUCGAAAGGGGCCGAAAGUUGA